AGACAGUGGCAUUGGAGCUCAAAGAGAGAAGGGAUAGGAGGGAUUGACAGGACAGUCUUUCAGACUAGCUGUUUAGAUAUAUGCUAAGUGAACCAGCAACAUCUCAGAGUUCAUUCCCUCAGAAGUGUUUCAACAAAUUUAAAUUGACAGCAUGAGUUAGUAGUAGCUCAGUGCUGUUUAAGUUUGUUACUGAUCUCACAGUAACUAUUCUAAAACUAGAUUUACUGUUCCGUAUACUCAUGGCCUAAGAUGCUGCAAUAACAAAGAGUUGUCUUGCUCAGUAGUAUGCCUUAAAUAGAUAGAGAUUUCAACAGAAGAGGCAGUUUCUUCAGUGACUGCCAGCUACAGUGGGCUGAAGUUACAAAACUACAAAUGCUGAGUGAUGGCAGUGUAAGAACUCUUUAAUGUUAUUUCUUAUGCCAAAGGCUUGAAUGUCAAGACCUUUGGAUGUCUGGGCUGUGCCUGUAACUUCUUUGGUUCCAAAAUACUCUCGUGGUCAAAAAAGCUUAGCAGCAACUUGGACAAGUUUUGGAAGGGAGCCAGGGACUCUUUCUCACUGUUGUAUUUGGAAAGAAAAUGGAAAGUUUCAUCAUAAGGUAAGAUAGAACUGAAUAAAAGGAGAGGAUGGGAGAUAGGGAGUGUAGUUGAGUGAAUUACAGAAAACUGCAGAAAUGGCAAAAGUUAGGUGAUGUGCGAAGGGGAGGGAAGUUGUGAAGACAAUAGCAAAUAUUGUCUGGUAGAUUUUGUUGUAAGCUGUGGUAAAUUCAAUUUGGAAAAUCCUUUUUUGUUUUCUAGAGAGAAGAAAAUGGAUAAUUCAGGAUUACCAUCAAUUUUGGAAUUGACAAAAUCCCUUUCAAGUCUAAAAAUGCGAUUAGUGCAGUAUGUCCUAAUUACGUUCUGCUGUGAUUUGGUAAAAAAGCCUCCUUUUUAUUUACCUUGUAUAAGCAAUUCAGAAUUUUUGGCUUUCAAAUUGAAAUCUUCCAUUCCUACCAUCGUGCCAAAUCCCCCAAACAAAACAUACACUGUAAUUCAUAAAGACUUGAAGGUCUUUUGGAGUGUUAAGUAAGACAUGACUUGCUUUGGGUUUUUACAAUUGGCAAGUUAUUUGCUCUUGCAGUUACAGACCACUGUACUCUAUCUUUCUGUUUUGUUUUGAUCUUUUGCAGGAAUAAAAAGUUUGUUUUAAGACUUCAGGAAGUGUUUCAUGGUCAACACUGAAUGCGAAACUGAAACUUCCUCUUUAAAAGGUGCAGCGCUGUGAAAACUGUUACUGACCGUAGAAAAAUGGACAUGUUGCAGAUACUCCGUAAAACCACAGAACGCUUAGAGUGUGACCACUGCAGCUUCAGAGGAACGGACUAUGAAAACAUACAAAUUCAUAUGGGUACCGUUCACCCAGAGUAUUGUGACGAAAUGGAUGCUGCUGGUUUGGGUAAACUUAUAUUUUAUCAAAAGAGUGCAAAACUGUUUCACUGCCACAAAUGCUUUUUUACCAGCAAGAUGUAUUGCAACGUGUAUUAUCACAUCAAAGCACAGCAUGCAGCACCUGAGAAGUGGAAUGAGGAGCGGAAGGAACGAGUAGAAGGAGAUUCAGAUUCAUCCAAAAAAAGUGUCACAUUGGAGCCACAGAAACCUUCCCUUUCCCCUGAGUCGCACAAACCUGCCCUUUCUCCUGAACUCCCCAAAUCUGAACCUGUUGUUUCCCCCAAGCUUCAGAAAUCUUCUGCGUCUCCAGAGCCCCAGAUAUCUGCUCAGGUGACUUCCUCAGAGGCAGACAAGUCAGCCCAGACUGUAUCCCCAGAUCCAGAAAAAUCAGCCCAGGCUACAUCUCCAGAUCCAGAGAAGUUAGCCUCAGCUGUGUCCCCUGAUCCACAGAAGCCAUCCCCACCUGUGUCCCCCGAUCAACUGAAGCCAUCUCCUGCUGUGUCCCCUGACCCACAGAAGCCAUCUCCUGCUGUGUCCCCUGACCCACAGAAGCCAGCCCCAGCUGUGUCUCCAGAGCCCCGGCGGCAUUCCCCAGCUGUGUCUCCAGAGCCCCGGCGGCAUUCCCCAGCAAUGUCUCCAGAACCCCGGCGGCAUUCCCCUGCUGUAUCACCAGAGCCCCGGCGCCAUUCUCCUGCAGUGUCUCCAGAACCCCGCAGAUACUCCCCAGCUGUGUCACCAGAGCCAAAGAAACCUACUCCAGCAGUAUCCCCUGAACCACGGAGGUAUGCCCCAGCUGGGUCUCCUGAGCCACGGAGGCAUCCCUCCCAAAUGCGUAGGCCUGCUUCUGCGGUUUCACCGGAGUCAUGGAGACCUGGUCCGACUGUUUCCCCUGAGCCCUGGAGGUCUCACGAGGUGCAAAAGUCUCCCACGGUUUCUCCCUGGGCUCCAAAGCCUGCCAUGUCAGUGUCCAUAGAAUCCCGGAGGUCUGCCCCUGAAUCUCGAAGGCCUGUUGUGUUGCCAGAACCUAGGAGGGUUGUUUCUGACUCGUGUAAGUCUACGUCGUUUUCUGAAUCCCAGAAGUCUACUCUUGUUUCUUCUGAGCCAUGGAAACCCAUCUCAUCUGUUUACCCUGAAGGCUGGAAACCUGUUCUGUCCCCUGAUACAUGGAAGCAUUCUCCCCCUGUUUCUCCUGAGCUUCGAAAGUCUAGUCACACUGUUUCCUCAGACUCUUGGAAGCCUCCUUUCUUUCCUGAGGUCCGUAAGCCCGGUAUUUCAGUAUCUCCUGAACCUUGGAAACUCUCUGAGUCACGGAAAUCUAUGUAUUUUUCUGAAACUCAGAAAUCCACCUCUGCUGCUUCGUCUGAGAUUCAGAAACGGGCUCAUUUCCCUGAACCUCGGAAAAGAGUGCUGUUCCCAGAGUCUCGUAAAUCUAAUCCUACUGCUUCUACUGAUGUCCAGAAACGUGCCGUCUUUUCUGAGCCCCAGAAUCAAAUAUCUACUUCUGCUUUUUCUACUGAAGGUCAAAAACAAGCCCUGUGUUCUGAAACCCAGAAAUCAGCUCUUGUUUCUUCUGAAGUCCAGAAGCACGCCCUAUUUUCUGAAGCCCAGAAACUUGCUCCCAUUUCCUCUGAAGUUCAGGAGUCUACUUCCUUUCCAGACUCUCAGAAAUCCACAUCUCCUGAAAUUCAGAAACAUGGCCUCUUUACUGAGUCCCAAAAACCUACUCCUGUUUCUCCUGAGACACCCAAACAAGUUGUUUUCACUGACUCCCAGAAAUCUGCUAUUUCCCCUGAUGUUCAAAAGCACGCUGUAUUUUCUGAGAUGCAGAAACCUGCUGCUGCUUUAUCCUCUGACGUCCAGAGACAUGCUGAAACUACUGUACCUUCUGAAAUCCAGAAGAAUAUCCUGUUUUCCGAGCCUCACAAGUCUGCUUCAGGCUUUUUCUCCGAGCCCCAAACACCUAGCGAGUCUGGCGAGAGUGACUUUCUUUCUCACGCUUUAGAUGAUCAGAAACCACUGGAUGACUUAUUCUCACAGGAUGAACAAUCAUUAUUAGCCAAAGAAUCACCAGAAGACAUGCUAUAUUCAUGCCCAAAAAAGAAGCCCAAGAAGGAAAACCAGGAGAACUCAGAUUCUGAACUAAAUAUCAGUGAGUGUGGAAAAACAGAGUUGGACUCAAUGGAGAUAAAGGAACAAGAAUCCAACAGUGACCAAGAGCAGUAUGAUAUGGAGUCAUCUGAUUAUGGCAAAGAGAGCAAAAUGGAUGCAACUACUCCCACGCAGCCACAGUGUGUGCUGCAGUUUACUGAAGAAAAAGAGGCUUUCAUCUCUGAGGAAGAAAUAGCAAAAUACAUGAAGCGUGGCAAGGGAAAGUAUUACUGCAAAAUUUGUUGCUGUCGUGCAAUGAAAAAAGGUGCUGUCUUGCACCAUUUAGUUAACAAGCAUAAUGUUCAAAGCCCAUACAAAUGUAAAAUAUGUGGCAAAGCUUUUCUCUUGGAGUCUCUUCUUAAAAACCAUGUUGCUGCUCAUGGUCAAAGUUUGUUGAAGUGUCCCCGUUGUAAUUUUGAAUCAAAUUUUCCUCGAGGCUUUAAGAAACAUUUAACCCAUUGCCAAAGCCGUCAUAGUGAUGAUGCACCUAAAAAACACUUGGACAACCUUGAACCGCUUGAAGAACAAAUUUAAUCUUUUUUUCUCCUUGUGCUAGAAAAGCUAAAUUUGCAGAAGUGUUCAAAGUGUUACUGUAUGUUAACCAAGUAGUUUAGCUGAUCUGACAAGUCAGAAGAUGCAUGGUUUAUUGUGCUAUGUUUACCUUGUCUUUUAUAGCUGUAUUACUAAAGAGAUUUACUUUUGAAAGUCAUUUUAAAUACGUGUUCAUGUCUUUGUAUUACCCAUCAGUAGAGUCAUAUUUUAUUUUUCAGAUGUACUAUGUUUUUGAAACCAAAAUGGAUACAAAAUAGUUUUCUAAAGAUUUGUAAAACGUAUAGGCAAUGAAGGACUGGAAAGGCAAGCAAUCCAUAUUUUCCUGUGAAGACAACUACAACUUGUUUUUUCACAUUUGUUAAAUGUUGUAUUUUUAAAAAUGUUUUUAUCAAGUUCUCAAAUCUAAAAUUCUCACUAAAUUGAAUGUGAAUGAGCCAGGUAUGAGAAACUACCAAUGUCCUGGAGUAAUGAUGCCCUGACGUUGUAAUUGAGUGUACAGUCAAUUGUUGGAAAUUCAUUGCACUCAAUUCUUCGACUUACUUGUCUCAGAUUUAGAAGCAUCAAGGUACCUAUUUUGUGAUUCUGUGUUUUGGCCAUGUUUUAAGCAUGUACUAAUAUACAUUAAAUUGAUAGAUUAAUGUCGGACUAUGUAUAGCUCAACACUUUCUCUUGAUGAUUCAGAUGUUUGUAAUGUCAGACAACCUCUAAUUUUCUUGUAUUUGGUGAAAUGUUAUGCUUUAAUGUUUUAACAAUAAAAAGAAACCCAACCUGGUGUUAGCCAUUU